AUGAAGAAACCGUCAACUCCCCAAGUUCUCUACUCGAGCCAAGCAAAACUGAAGUUGGACCGCCAAUUGGCCGGAAAAUCUCAUCAUAAGACUCCCUCUGCCGUCAGCUAUAUCAUAGCUGCAGCCAAGAAAGUGACUGGAGUUUUCAGAGUCUUUCUCCCCAGGAAAACAAAGGCCACUUCAAAUGGUGCUGUAACUGAUGAUGCCAGCAAAAGUAACAUUCAAGUUAAACGACUAUCAUAUUCAACAGAUCAGUCAACAGAAAGUUACACAAAGAAUUCAACAAGAUUCAAGUCCUCGGAUUCAUAUGUUUCUUCUGGUUCCAUUAGUGAACAGGUUGCCACAGUCAACUUCUCAUUUGAAGAGAUUUACAAGGCAACUGAAAAGUUCUCUGCAGCGAAUAAAAUUGGAGAAGGCAGGUUUGGAACAGUGUACAAAGGAAAGCUUAAGGAUGGAUUUAUUGUUGCUGUAAAGCGUGCUAAAAAGAAUAAGUAUGACAAAUACAUGUUACUGGAGUUCAAGAAUGAAAUACUGACCUUAUCAAAGAUUGAGCAUUUGAAUCUGGUAAAGUUAUUUGGAUAUCUAGAUCAAGCAGACGAGAAGAUUAUUCUGGUUGAAUAUGUGGGUAAUGGAAAUCUUCGGGAACAUUUAGAUGGUAAAAGGGGAAAUGGACUUGAAACAGCGGAACGUCUGGACAUUGCAAUUGAUGUAGCUCAUGCUCUUACCUAUCUUCACACAUACUCAGAUCCUCCAGUAAUUCAUAGAGACAUAAAAGCAUCAAACAUCCUCAUCACAGAUAAACUUCGGGGCAAAGUGGCAGACUUUGGGCUUGCAAGAAUGGCUGAAGAAGAUCCUGCUGCAACUCACAUUUCUACUCAAAUUAAAGGAACAUCAGGCUACCUGGACCCUGAAUACCUCAGGACAUAUCAACUAACUGAAAAAAGUGAUGUCUACUCCUUUGGUGUAUUGCUUGUAGAGAUGAUGACAGGCAGAUACCCCAUUGAACCAAACAACUCGCUGAAGCAGAGAGUAACCAUAAGAUGGGCAAUCCAGAACUUAAAACAAGGAGACGCCAUACUCGUCAUGGAUCCAAGACUCAGAAGAACUCCAGCAUCCACUAUGGCAGUGGAGAAGAUCCUUAAACUAGCUCAUGAAUGCCUGGUACCUUCAAGACCAUCAAGACCUACCAUGAAGAAAUGUGCUGAGGUAUUAUGGGGAAUUCGAAAAGAAUUCAGAGAAAUAUCCCUAUCUUCUUCUUCUUCUUCCACUGCCUCUACUUCUCACCACUCUUCCCAGUAUCCCAUUAGAGAUGCCAAGAAGAAUAGGCAUACAUUAUUUGGAAUUGAGGAUGACGAUAGCUAUAAAUUUAUUUCUGCAUAAAACAA